AUCUCCCCUCACUCUCCUCUCAUUAUUUUGUCUCACAGAAUUUACUCUUUUCUCCCUGAGUGCAGAAACAAUGUAGAGGGUUUCUGAUAGCCAAGAAUAUCAGAAGACAAAUGGGGAGAGCUCAAAAAGAAAACCUCAGAACUCUUAAACACAGAAGCCUGUUAAUUAAUAAUUAAAAUAAUCCAUGUGUGUAACAGAGGAGGGUGUAUGGGAACUGGCUUUGAUUUUGGUUACAAAUAUCUCCUCUAACACGUCAAUGUCCUUUUCUCCAUGAAGAGAUCCCCAUGUGUAGCCACAGCAAAUGUCCAACAGCAGCUCCAUCAGCCACUUCCUCCUGCUGCCAUUGGCAGACACACGGCAGCUGCAGCUCCUGCACUUCUGCCUCUUGCUGGGCAUCUCCCUGGCUGCCCUUCUGGGCAAUGGCCUCAUCAUCAGCGCCGUAGCCUGCGGCCACCACCUGCACACACCCAUGUACUUCUUCCUGCUCCACCUGGCCCUCAGCGACCUGGGCUCCAUCUGCACCACUGUCCCCAAAGCCAUGCACAAUUCUCUCUGGGACACCAAGGACAUCUCCUACUCAGGAUGUGCUGCACAGCUCUUUUUUUUUGUGUUUUUCUUUUCAACAGAGAUUUUCCUCCUGACUAUCAUGUGCUAUGACCGCUAUGUGUCCAUCUGCAAACCCCUGCACUACGGGACCCUCCUGGGCAGCAGAGCUUGUGCCCACAUGGCAGCAGCUGCCUGGGCCAGUGCCUUUCUCAAUGCUCUGCUGCACACAGCCAAUACAUUUUCCCUGCCCCUGUGCCAUGGCAACAAACUCGGCCAAUUCUUCUGUGAAAUCCCACAGAUCCUCAAGCUCUUCUGCUCCAAAUCCUACCUCAGGGAACUUGGGCUUCUUGUGUUUUCAGUUUCUUUAGGUUUUGGUUGUUUUGUGUUCAUUGUUUUCUCUUAUGUGCAGAUCUUCAGGAUUGUGCUGAGGAUCCCUUCUGAGCAGGGACAGCACAAGGCCUUUUCCACCUGCCUCCCUCACCUGGCUGUGAUCUCCCUGUGA